AUGCAGUUAGGGUUACCUGUUGAUGGUCAGCCCGUUAGUGGUACUUUGAGAUCAUGGAGCAAGUUUCACCAAAGAGAUAUUUGGGAAUGGUGUCAUGAACUUCUAGGUGAGGUUCUCGCCGGCCACGUAGGGACAACAAAGUUCAACAUAAAGCUGAAGUGGCUCAGAACUCGUCUUCAGCAGAUGCCACUUGACUUAGAAGAUAAUGGCCUCAUGCAGUACACACGGUGUUACAUACUUUACUUGUUGGGAGGAGUGCUUCUUCCAGACAAGGCGAACAACACGGUGCAUGUUCGAUAUCUGCCGUUAUUGGGUGACUAUGAUGCCAUCUGCACCUACAGUUGGGGGAGCGCCGUCCUCUAUUGGUUAUAUCGUGCUAUGUGCUUAGCAACAGACACAAGUGUUGAGGGUAUGGCUGGUUGUCAUACGUUGCUCAUGUCGUGGAUAUACUACAGAUUACCUUUCUUCGCACCGAAUGUCACGACAGCGUAUAGUUUUCCUUUAGCCACGAGGUGGGCAGGCAAAAAAGGACAAAAUGACUAUGCUGAGCAGCGCUUAUUAAGACACCGUCUAAGGUUGGACAAUCUGCAGGUGGAUGAGUUUGUUUGGCAACCGUACAUGGACCCCCAGAUUCUCUAUAGAGUUCCGGCUGAUUUCCUUGGCCACCCACAUGGAGACUUUUAUACGGCCGUUGUGCCUCUCAUAUUUUUCAGGUGGAUUGAGAUCCUAAAUGUUGACCGAGUGUUGCGUCAAUUUGAGGGAAAGCAAGGACCUCCAAACCCUCUUCUUAAUAUUGAUACCUUCCAUCUACAGUCGGCCCGCAAUGAUGACGGAUGGUGGCCGGUUAGACUAUCUGAGUGGUUUGAGAUAUGGGCAAACCGGCAAAGUGAUGCAUAUAGGCUGCGCAUUGAUCGUGCAGAUACAUUGCGUCCCAGUCAAAAGUAA